AUGUCUGACAGUGAGGUGGUGAUCUAUACGGUCUCUGAGGUUUUUAUUGCUAUAUUAUGUUGUUUUGGAAAUCUGUUGGUGAUUUGGGCCGUCUGGUCGAGCCGGGUUCUUCGUAAGACCACGUUCUGCUUUGUUGUAUCACUGGCAGUGGCUGAUUUUCUGGUGGGCGCUGUGGUCGUUCCUCUGGCUGUGUUAAUUGAGCGAGGAGUACAGACGAGAUUUUACACUUGUCUGUUCAUCAGCUGCGUGGUCAUUGUGUUGACCCAAGCCUCCGUUCAUUCCCUGCUCGCUAUUGCUGUGGAUCGAUUUCUGCGUGUCUAUAAUCCUCUCAGGUACAGAGGAGCGAUCAAAAAACAUAACCUGUGGGCAGCGGUCACCGUCUGUUGGGUUUCUGCUUCUUUUCUGGGUUUCGUUCCCCUGCUUGGAUGGCACAACAAAGACCCCACAACAAAUGGCACCUCAACCCUCACAUGCCGAUUUCUUACAGUCAUUCCCAUGUCGUAUAUGGUCAACUUCGCUUUUUUUGUUUGCAUCCUCCCACCCACUGUGGUCAUGUUCGUCCUCUAUUUGUAUAUCUUCUGUACGAUAUCUAAACAACUGAGAAGAGGAAUUGGUCAAGCUGCGGAGUCCAGGUCCUUUUUGCAGAAAGAACGUGAAUUGGCCAGUUCACUGGCUUUGGUGUUGGCUCUGUUUGCUAUUUGCUGGUUCCCAAUUCACAUAAUGAACACAUUGAGUCACUUUUACCCGAGUCUAAAGGUGCCGCCUCUUGUCGUUCAAAUAGGUAUUCUACUUUCUCAUGGCAACUCUGCAGUUAACCCAAUAGUGUACGCUUUCAAGUUCCCAAAGAUUAAGACUGCAUAUAAAAACAUCUUAAUGAAGCUCAUAAGAAAAAAGCAAAACACUGAUCAAGGCAGCCAAAACUUGGAUAAAACCGCUACCAGCUCCAACACUAACAUCAGGUAUAAAGUAAAAAACACCCAAGAUGGUUUUGAUCAUUAGUUAAGAUCUUUAGCACAGGACAGUUAUGUAAUCUCUAAUAAUAUAAUGUACUGCUUUAUAUUACUGAUACUGAGAUAUUUUAAGCAAUACCGUAGUUUCCUGAGUAUGUCUGCAAAUAGAAGACUGAUAUCAGCUUUAUUGCAAAAACUUUCAAACAUAGCCUGCUAUUAUUUCUGUAUUGAAGAGACAACUUGAACUUUAUCAACAGCAUCAUCUUAAAAUUAUCACAGCAUCUCGCUGCACAUCCGUCAAAACACACAUGCUGAAGUUUUAAAAACAGCAUUCAAGAACUGUGCGAAUACCACACUGCUGAAAAAAAAAUGUUAUGUAGACAAUUUUACAUAAACUAGGUCAAUUUUGGUAUACUGUAAUAUACUAGCAGCCAGACUAAUGAUUAGCUAAUCUAGGGGCACUAGUUUCCUGGACAGGUUUUAGCUUAAUCCAGGACUAGGUCUUGGUUAUAUUAGGACAUUUAAGUGGGUUUUACAAACAAACUUUACAAAAAAAAUACUGGUAUGCAUCUUUAGACAAAACAAUGGUACUGAUAUUUGUUGUCUUACGUCAGUGCAAGAUGUUUUUAAAUUAAGCCAGCACUAACAUGCAUUUUAGUCUGAUACCAAGAUAUGACCGAAACAACCCCUAAAGUUUGGUAUUUUAAUUUGUAUGUAUUUAUAUUUUAGUUGAGAUUUAAUUGUUGUAAAGCACAAUCUGAAAUGUAUUAAGUACACUUUCAGAA